AUAUCUGUCAUUUUUGUUUAAAGUAUUUUUUUGAUAUUUUAAUUGAAUGCAGGGUGAUGGCUCUUAUUAUGAUAAAUCAUCAUACAAAUCCUACAUACCUCAGAAACAUUCUAAGUCAUAAAUUCCUUCAACACCUGAAUUAUUGAAGGGGUGGGACUAUGACCAUACUUCAGAGAAAUCUGAGAAAGUUUUGAGAGUUAAGGAACCAGGUGAUGAUUAUGACGAUGAAGGUUUGAAUGAGCUCAUUGAUAGGGUUUGUGCACAAGGAGUUGAUUCUGAUGAGCCCAAAAAAGAAGAGGAUGAGGCGAAAGAUAUUGGUUCUUCUUCUACACCUGGAUUGCAGGCUGUCCCUGUCAACAAUCAUGGCAUAAUAUUGUGUCGAACCUUGCAACAAUAUAAUAAGUACCUGAGUGAUCUGUCUCCUGAGCAGAGGUUGCUGGUUUAUUAUCUAUUUUACAAUGAGUUUGAAGAUAUUUCAUUCAUGUCAUUGGAUAUAGAUUCUGAAGAUGUGAAGAUGAAAAAUCAUAUUAUGCAAAGUGAACUACAAAGUGAUCUCAUUGUGGAUUUUGAUCAUCCUCAUAGCAAUUACGCGGUUCAGUUGUACAAGUUCGACUUAAUUAGCAUGCCUCGUCAAGGUUGGCUCACCAGUGCAGUUAUUGAUGGAUGCGCCUGCAUGUUUAAUAGGCAAGAAGAGGAAUCACCUUCUGCAAUGAGGAGAUUCUGGUUUAAUAUUAUGCCUUUUAACUAUAUCAAUUGGAUGUGUGCUGAGAAGGUAAAAAAGGUUAAGGUUGAUAGUGAAAUUGCUGAAAAUGAGAUUAUUUUGAAAAAGCUGGAGGGUAAUAGUGAUCGAGUAUGAUCAG